AUGAGCUCCAAUGCGUUGUCAACGAACGAUAACAACGUUGAAAUCGGGGCUCCUCCAAUAAUGCCGUCUCAGUUUCUGCCUCAACCUGUUCAGUCUCAGAUUGGACACUGUAUGAUUUAUUGGCGAUUGCUGUUCAUCUUUUUCGUCAAGUCGAGGAGGCUGCCUUGGAAGAGCGAGAUCCGAACCUAG